AUGUCAAUUGAAAAUCUCAAGACCUACGAACGCAAUGGACGAAAGACUCUGACCACCGUUCAGGGUCUUCCAAAGAAAUUCGACCAGAAGAAGAUUCUCAAGGUCAUCAAGAAGCAAUUCGCUUGCAAUGGCACCAUCGUAGCGGACAGCGAGAUGGGCGAGGUCAUCCAGCUCCAGGGUGACCAGCGCAAGGUCGUCCAGGAAUUCCUCAUCAACAAGAAGGAGGGUCUCGGACUUGAUGCCAAGACCAUUAAGGUCCACGGCUUCUAA